AUGGGGAAUGCGGGCGCUUUGUCUAGAUUGCCAGUAGAUCAGGACACGAGUGAGGUAGCAUCAAGCAUUUUGUUAGUAGACGCAUGUCCUUUUAGAGGUCUUACCUUUCUGAUUGUUGUAGAUUCAUUUAGUAAGUGGCCUGAGGUGAUUCUAAUGACCUCUACAACUGCACACAGCACCGUUAGAGUGUUAUUAUCUCUGUUUGCAACACAUGAUAUACCUCAGCAAACUGUGUCUGACAAUGGUCCUCAGUUUGUUUUAAGUGAGUCUGAGAACUUUUGCAAGGGUAACAACAUCAAACACACUGCUCCUUAUCGCCCUGCAAUAAAUGGUGAAGCAGAGGGAUUUGUUCAGACAUUCAAGAACAGUAUAGGGACAGUAGCAGAUCCAGUAUCACUACUUGUAUAUCUAGGUUCUUACUAUCCUAUAGAACCAUUCCUUAUGCGACCAUAG